UCCCCCCUUUUUUUUAAAUGGGAUAUUAAUACCGUUCUGGAGUCUUCGCAAUGUUUGAAUAGUUUAUUCUCAGCCGGCAGCAAUUGCCGUAGAUCUUUCCGCGUAUACAGGCAGGGAGAUAUAAUUUGAUUACAUGUUUUAUUAUGUAUGUGUACCGUGAAAUCGUACACUUUCGCGGCGCGCACACUUUUUCGCCACCUUGAACUCGGCUCAGCCACCACCAGUUGGGCAGAAAAAAAGCGUUUUAAAAACAGUAACACCGACCGCUCUAAUCUGUUUUAAUUACAGGGUUUGCCAAUCAAAGAGGGAGCGCGCAGAAAUUGGGAACUCCUUUAGGGGAUGGCUGUGUCCGAGGACACGCAGCUGCUGUGUGCCCACUCCACAUCCCCCCGCAGCCGGGCAGGGGAGCACCCAACAUCCCCGGAGCAGGAGGGCAGGGGACUCCCCCAAGCCCCUGCACCCACCGGGCGCUGUCCGGGCUGUCCCGGGAGGAGCUGGGCCACUCUGUCCCUGCACCCAUCGGGGUGCCCUGUCCGGGCUGUCCCGGGAGGAGCUGGGCCACUCUGUCCGGGCGGAGGAGGGCCGGGACAGCCGAGGGGCUGUGCGGGGCCGGGCCGGGGGCCGGGGCUGCUCUGGGGGUCCUGGCACUGCCCGAGCCACGACCUCGCCCGCAAACAGCGCCUUUCCCCCCGAGCUGUCCCCACAUCACCCCUCACACCCCGACCUGCGGCGCCGGGUCACUUGGGGAAAACGCGAACGCCCCUGAACCUGCGAAGCCAAACCGCACCCCCGGUCGAAGCGGAGACCCCGGCAAAGCCCGGGCGGGGAUGCGCAUCCUUCCCGGUGCCCGGGGAGCCGCUGGGGCCGGGGCACAGGUGCGGGAUUCCCGGGCGGGCAGCGCUGGUCCCGCCUGUCCCCGGCACCUGCCCGCCGCCCCCGCGGCCCCGGAGCCCGGCAGGUGCCGCGCCGCCCGCCCGGGCUCCGGCAUCGCCCGCUCGGCCCCGCCAGGCUCGCCCCCUUCCCCCAAAACCGCCGGGCAGCCCCCCGGGAAUUCCGUUUCGUUGGUGCCGGGAUGAUGCCCCGCGCCGGCAGCCUCGGCUCCCUCCCCGGUGGGAAGCGAGCGGCGGCGGGGAUGCGGGGAGGCUUCCAGCGGAUCCACGGGCAGAAACACAGACUUAA